AUGUGCCGUAUGGAUGAAGAAGUGCCUGAAUCUCAGAUGAUGUUGCUGUCUAUUGCAUUCGUUUUCUGCGUUGAAGUUGAACACAAGAAAGAAUGGGGACUGCCACAAACAGCAAUGGCGAAGUCUUGGGUUUUCGUACAAGUUGAUAUGGAAAUAACUCGCUUGGGACCACACAAAACUGAUGUGUUCAAGAAUCUUGAAGAAACAAUGGGGAUCAUGUGUCUCAGCAAAGUAGUGGACCAGAUACAUGGCCUUUUAGGUGACGCUGUGAAUGGGGCUGUUACUCGAGCAUGCCAGGAGCAACAGAGGAAAAUUGAGAUGAAUCUUGUGCAAGGAAACAUACUCAUUUACUGGACCUCAUCUUUUCAUGGAUAUCACCUUCAGAGGAUGAUGGUGGUAUUUCCAGGGAAAUGGCCAACAAAGACGUGUCAGAAUGCUGUUUUGGAGUUUUUUGAGGGUCAUCCUGGACUCAUGUCAUUUGAGAUUGAAGUUCUUGCUGGUGGUAUUACUCUACCUUUCUUAAUGACAUACUGGCCCAAUGUUUUCCUUGAUGUGAAUGAGAAGCUGAAGUUUUCUUACUUGUACUUUAUCCAUUGGUUUUGCCAAUUCACCAAACAUGGACUUGAUUUGACUUCUUAUCCUGUUUGUUAUUUGUUGAAAACCCAAAAGCUGCAUGAUCUUGUUGUGGAUGAGCUUUGUAGUCUCCAUGUUUAA